UGUAGGCGUGGCUUUGUCGCCGCAGCGACACCUGCUUUGCACUUACUUUUGCUGUUUGUGUCGCUUUUCCUAAUAAGUGUUCCGCAUCUUCACUUUAGUCUUCCAUGUGCUUUCGGAAAUCCUUCCGCUUCAAAAGAUGUUUUCCGAACUUUCUAACCGGUGUGUGUUGUGACUAAGGUGCUACCCUGCAUAUUGUAUGUGAGGUCAAGGAAUUAUCCUAAACAGGAGAAAAGCAGCAAUGAAGACAAGAGCUGUGUUUGCAGUCUCUCAGUAUUGGAAGCAGGAUAUGUUAGCUGUAACAAGCCACAUGCAGAAAGGAGUCUGAAGAGAAUUCGGAAGACUCGGACCAAAACGCCAGACCCAGCAAAACAAAUGGUCGCCGCAGCCGUCAUCGGAACCACCGCCAUGUUGAACGAGUAGCGGCGCGGCGCUGUCGUUCCGACACUGCCAUAACAACUAGCAAGAUGCCCACAGGAUUUGAAAACUCUGCACUGAAGAUGAGCUUCUCCCUUUCUUCACUGCAGCCCUCUAGUGGUAAUCUAGAAGGCACAGAGCAUGUGAAGAUGAGGGCAGAGAGACCCUAUAACAGCCUAACAAAGAAAUCUAGAAGAGAUCCUGAGCAAGAAUCGUGGAGGCACUCCUGGGGAAGUCGUGAAGUAAACAAAGAUGAAUUCUGGGCAGCUUUACAACACAACUAUGACUACAUUAUGGACAACAACCUCAUUGACAGUUGUAAAGAGGCAAGUGGAGAGCUUUCAUGGGACGACCAGGAUGUGGCACCUGCUUUGACAUGGAGUUUCAAUGAGUUUAUAAAUCAGUUCUCUGAAAUCUAUUCUUGGCUUAAUAGUAUUCAAGAGGCUGUUUAUGGCAAGGAAGACAGUGUUAUGGAUCAGAAUCUCAGAACUAGUCAUUUGGAAGAGAUGCGACGCAAUUGUUACCGCCGUAAAGUGUUCAAUGACCAAGCACGGAAACUACUUUCAAGGUAUCCUGAUGUGAGAGAUGAAGUAUCGUGGAGAGUUGCUCAUUUGAAUACUAAAUGGGACAUGUUGGAACAGGCUAUUUCUCCAUGCAAAAACAAAUCUGAUAAAAUGGAUCAGUAUGCAAGUGUGGAACAUGAGGUAAAGUGCUUGCGUAAGUGGGUUCGAGAAAUGGAAGGUCAUUUGGAACCGCUUGACUUCAGAGUUGUACAAAGGUGGUCCCACCCAGAAAUUGAAGAGAAGGCACGCCAGCUGUCAGUGCUGCUGCGAGGCAUAAAGUCGCACGGAAAGAUCGUGACAUCUGUAGUGCGGUUGUGUGAGAAAGCGGCUGCGGCUGCAGCGGCGACGUCUGCGGCUAGCGACGACGAGGGUGGAGCCUCGAGCGGGACAGCGGCGUGUGGGAGGACGGGAAGGUCGCGGUCGGCGGGCAGCGCGUGGCGCGUCGCGCGCACCCUCGAGCGCCGCUGGCACCACCUCUACCUGCGCGCGCUCGAGUGGCAGUGCCACGUCGAGGAGCUGCUCAACAGCCGCAACCCGAGCCCAAGUGGGGUGUCUUCAGAGAGUGACGAAGAACCUGUUAGUAAACAUCCACGUCUUACAGGAGCUGGUGAUACUUCAGAUGAGGGUUCAUAUUUUGAGGAUGACUUGGAGGAGCUGUGUGUGAUGGAAUCAAAUGCAGAUAAAUGUGAAAACCUUCAGCCAAAUCCUGCCCAUCCUCGAAACACUGAAUCUGAUUUUAACAUGGUGGGUGCAAGUGGCAGUGUAUGCAGGCCAACUAGUCUUACCAGAGAUGGCUUUGCAACUAGUGAAGAUUGCAGUAAUUUCAACAGGUCAAAUUGGUUGGCUAACAACAUUGGAACUUUUUACUUCAAACAUAUGGACACUGACUCUGAUCAGGACAAGGAAAAGAUUAAGAGUGAUGUGAGUCCUGGAAUAUCAAGGAUCUCAAUUAAUGAUGCCAAGUCUCAGGAAGAGUCUUCAGAAGAUGAUGAGUGGACAUACACACCAGGCAGCAUUCCAUCAAGGCAGCGUAAUCGUAAGAGUGACUGCUCAAGUAAUAUGUCGGAAGUGACUGUCCGUAAGAGCUCUGCAGCAGUGAAGUUAGAUUUUGGUAGCAGCUCAUCUGAAGGAACUUCAAGUAGUGGGAAAAAAAAUUUAGAACCUUCAGCAGAAGAGACAAAGAACACUGAACUGUCAACCUCCCCUCUGAGGAGGAAAAGCAAAGAGCAGCUUGUAAAGAGAGCACUAGGCAGAAUUGAACCUGAAAAGCUUCAGAGUGAUAAGAAAACAUCUGGUAAACCCAUGCAUACACCAAGAGUUUUUGAACCACUUCUUUUGGACCCAUUCUCUGAUCCACUUGUAAGAGCACAAGCAAAGAGUGCACGUACCAAAGAAUGGCUGAGACUACAUGCCCAGGGCCUGGCCACAGAUAAAAUGCAGCUCAUGGACAGUUGUGAUGCUAGUGGAGAAUACACAACAGGUGAUUCUGAAGCUGAAAAGGAAUCUGUAUCAUCCGAAGAUCAGAAUGGAAGUGUGUCAACAUGUCGAAAAGGUAGUUCACUUCCAGGUUGUGAAUCAAGAUCAGUGUCAACAGAUGUACUGUUGGAUCCAGAAACAACACCUGUAGCAGAGAAAGCUCCUGCCCUCCCUUCUUUGUCUCCAGAGCAAAGUGGUACAAAGGUUGUCAUGCGUGCAAAACGGCGUCAGAAUCAUGGAGAACGCCCAUGGAGUGUAUCGGGCAUAACACAGUUGGCAAAAACUGCAGCACAGUCAGGAAAAAAUGAACCUCUUGCACAGUUCUCAAUAUCGGAAAGUGCUAUAAACAAAAUGGCUACAACUCCACCUGGUGCAAAAGUCGGCUCAAAUGGUGCAGUGCAUGGAAAUCUUUCAUCAUCUACAAUAGAUGAAGUGUCUGUAAAGGCUGCAGAAGGAUCUGGUUCAAGAACAAGCUCUCUUCGCAGACGGAGAAUGAGGCUCCGCAGGAGGACAGGGGGGCGUAAAAGUGAAUCUGGAUCAGAUAGCCUGAGUACAACACAGAGACCUAUCAGCCGAAUGUUUGGUAGCUCACUCUUAGUGAAGUCAGGGUCUUUCUCUGGAGUUGGUUCUAGAUCAGCAGUUGGUUCAACAGAACGCAAUACUGCAAGUGAUCCAUCUACCUUAGCACAUGCAGGAAAUUCCACUAGUGCUAGUGGAACAGAGGAUGACUCCCGGCUACAGCUGCCAGUUUUUAGGUUGGGUCCUCUGACACUGCCAGCUGACAGUGAUAUUGACCGCGGUAGUGCGCAGGGUACUGAGGAGCAGCUCAGUUCCUUUUCUGAGCAAGCAUGGGAUAAUUAUCAGGAAAAGUAUUUGAGUGAGCCGUAUAGUGAAGAACCUGCUGAUCCAGAAACAGCACGACGUUUGUUAGAAUUUGGAGAUGAUUAUCGCAAUUUCUUAGACAGUCAGUCAGACUGCAGCUUGAGCAGAAGUGCCACUAAUGGUACUUCAUCUCUGAGACAUCGUAGGCCUCCUGGACCCGCCGAUGACAGCUCUGUGUUUGACAGUGAUUCAGACUUAGAGGACUUCAAUCAUGCUAUUUACCUUUCUCAGGCUCAGUUAGAAUAUGUUGAAAUGGUUAUCAGUGAACAUAUGAGCAAGCAUGCAGAUUUGGUUCUUGCCCCUAGUUUGGCCCAUAUAGUGUCGACGUGCUCAGAAAAUAUAAGUGCUUUGAGUGUUGUUUUGGAGAAGGAACAUGGAAUUCUCCCAGAGAAGAGGCUAAAAGAACUGAGAGGCUGGCUGGAUCGCUGGCAGCAACUGUACAGCACUGCAGAAGAGCUGCAGAGAGUGCGCUGCUUGCAGCGCGAGAUGGUCACCAUGCGCGAGGAGAUGAUGGAUCUCGCCAACAGGGUGACCAAUAUUUCCAGCGAGCUCAAGGACAGAAGUCAGCUCGAUGGUGUCAUCCAAAAGGUCAAGGUGGAGCUGACGUCCCUGCUGGAUCGCAAGGCGGAUCUGCUGCGCUUCAAUGUGGCGGUGCACCGCUACCACACAGACACCGGACACCCGGCUAGGCUGCUCAAGGACGACGUGGCCGAACUCUACCGCGUCUGGGACGACAUCGUGCAGAGGGUUACUCAACAACUGGCAGUAUUGCAACGAGCUGCACAGACGUGGCAACAGUUUGACACAAACAUGACAGAACUGCAAGGUCUACUGUGCAAUGAUCGAAUGACAUUACAUAUGCUGGAUGCAGCUCUUCGUGGAGGCCAGCUGCAGCCUGAGGUGGCUCGUGUGCUGUCUGAGAAGCAAGAAGCACUAUGUCAGAGUUCGAUGCUGAUGGAGAGCAACAAGGGCAGCGCGUCGGAUGGCGUCGCAGUGGCGGGAGCGGCGACGCCGACGCCGACAGCGGCAGCGCCAGCAGCGUCGACGGUGGCAGUGGCAGUGGCGGGGGCGGGUGCGGGGACGGCGCCGGCCUGCCUGCUGUCCACCCUGGCCGAGCACGGCUCGCUGUCCGACUCCGGCAUCUCGGACUCGGGCUCCGAGCACGAGCUGUGCGAGCGCGAGCGCCGCCUGGCGACGCUGCGCAGCCUGGCGCGACACCUCAUGGCCGUGCUGCCCGCCGGCAGCCACGCGCUCCUCACCGUCUCCAAGCAAAUCGAGCAAGCAGAAGCGAUGCUGCGCGGCUUGCAGCGGUCGUGCCGCGCGCUGUUGGUGCAGACGGGCGCCGCGCCGCCGGACGCCAAGCCGCUGGCCGACAGCCCCGAUGCCGGCCUGGGGCCGGACGUCGACGCCGAGGACUCUGCGGCGCCUGCGGUGCUGCCGCUGCCUCUGGCCGACGCGCAGCCCGCGGACCAGCUGCCCGCCAAGCGCAGGACUGCCGCCGCGUCCAGGCGGAAGAAACAUCGUGGAGGAGCAUGCAAAGGUGAUGGAGGUGAUCCUGAGGCUGCACCAAGUGGAGUGCGACCGUGGUUAUGGCGUGUGUUACGUGCUUCUUUGCCCUUCCAUGUCACCAUCGUGCUACUCUUCUGUGUUGCAUACCUCCUGGAGCCACGCUGCUGUGACAGUAUGAACACCAUGCAGAUGUCCUUCACACCACAGCUGCGUUAUGUUCGUGGUCCUCCACCAAUCUAAGCUGCCACCAGUGAAAGUGAACUGUUGCAUGUAGGCCAGUUCAGCUCACUUGAUUGAUACACACACUGUGUGUACUGACUACCUAUCUGUGUGGUGUGACAGGUUUUUCUUAUUGACUUUGUUUUAUUGCCUGCCUUGUUGCAGAGACACAGUUUUUAUUUUGUCAGUUUUUUGUUCUUAGUGAAAAGAAAAUGACUAUUAGAGGUUGUGUGUGUUGUACUGUGGCCUUUUUAAAUUCCUUAAACUUGUGAAACUGUGAAAGCACUUUAAGAAGAACAUCUGGAUCUACAGUCAUGACAUGAGAUGCUGAUUACUGAGCAAUGAUUAGGAUGUGAUGUUCAUUUAUAAAUGGAAUUACACAUGUAAUUCUCCAGACUUGCUUCUUGAUGUAAUGUCCAUUGACCAUCAGUUAAGGAUACUGGUGAUCUUCUAACUGAAUCUAUGUUUAAACCAUGUGAUGGAACAUAUCAAGGACAUUGCUUCAUAAAUGCUGCAGAAAUUCUGAUGUUCAUCAUAUUAAUGAGUAACUGAAAACUGAAGAAAAGCUUCCACAUUCAGAAACUCAGUGUGUGAUAACUGAACUAUUGUAGUCAGUGCACCUUAAAUGUUUUAGGGAGUUCCUGCCGCAUACGUCUAGCGCAUCUAGUCUGCUGAAAUAUUAUUUCAAUUGUAUGCAGCUGUUUCAGUGUAUGCCAACCCCUGCCCCCCACUCUCUCACACUCUCAUGUUUGUCUGUGAGAGAGAAUGAGAGAUUGGGAGUGGAGGACAAGUUAUUUGAAGUCUACAGUUCCACUCAGUACCUGAAGUUUUCACUUUUAUUGCACCUUCAUGAGCACCGCUGCUAAUGUAGCAAUGAGUAGAUCCAGGGAGCAAAUGAAGCACUAUCGACAGUGAGUACUUAAGUGCCUACUGUAAUGAGUCAGUAUGUUCCUUUGACUGUGAAUUCUUGCAUUCACCAUUACUGUUCAAGUAAUCAAAAGAGUGGAAAUGUAAUGAUACAUAGUUAAUGUGCUGAAUAUAAUAAAAAUAGUUUUUUAUUAUGAUAAUAGAAUAAAUAUUAUUUUUAAUAGUUAAUUAUUUUGAAAAGAUAAUUUAUGUGGUUUUUAUAAAAUUUUAAAUUUAAGAUCUCAAGAGCAUGAGACGAUCUAUGGAUUUGGAUUAGCAGAAGAUUGGUCAUGUAAAGCAACUACUGGAGUCAGUAAGAGUUACAUGUCUUAUGUUGUGACACACAAUCAGUCAUAUGAAUAGAUUAGCUGCUGAAGCACAGGAAUUGUGUUUCUUUUUUCCAGAGAAUUUCCAUCUUUCAAUGCCUAGCAAAGGAUAUAAUACAUAUUAUAGUAUUUAUUUAUCCUUGGCUGUUAUAACAGAGUGCUUGUGACUUGAGUUCUUUUUAUUCUUUGUUGUUCAAAUGAAAUUCUCCUAAAAUGGUGCUGCAUAUAAUCAGAUUUAUGUUAAUCUGUCUAUGGUAUAUGUGAUAUCCUUACAGUAAACUAAUGUGUGUGUGUGUGUGUGUGUGUGUGUGUGUGUGUGUGUGUGUGUGUGUGUGUGUGUGUGUAUGCUUCUUGGUCCUCUUAUUUUUUUUUUUUCCUCUGGCUUUUGCCACAACACUGUCAAAUUGCUUUCUGUAAACUAACUAAUAAUGUACCUUCCAAACCUCAUAUCAUUUAUGGAUUACGUGAAAUGCUUCAUAUGUAUUCAUGAUCAUCAUUCCUUUUGGGCACUUCUACGCUCAUGGAAAUGCAUGUCAACACAGCCAAGUUUUACAUUUGUGCUGUUUUCAGGUCUCCAUGCUUGUAACUGUUAACUUUCAGAUAUAUUUUCAGUAAGUCUAUACUUCCUCCAUUGCUGAAAUGGCUGUUUGUAGAGAGUUUGAUUAGUAUUUGUGUUCGGUAGUCAAAUGUUUGCUGUCCUACUUUUAAACCCAAAUUUUUGUUUAGCCGUAUCAUUUAUUGAUGGUGCACGUAAUUUACUUCAAUGCCAUUUAUAACAGUUCAGAUUUUUGCCUCAUACAGUUGUAAAUUGAACAUUAAUUUUAAAUGAUGAUGAUGAUGAUGAUGAUGAUGAUGUAAACCAAAAUUUAUAGCAGUCGUAAAACACUUAUCAAGUAAUAUGGACUUACCUGAUUACUCUUAGUUGCAGAAUAUCUGCACAUUCCUUGUCUGGCUAAAUUUUCCAUUGCUGCUCUUCUUGUGGAUAGCAUUAUCCACUUACUCAUCCAUGCAUGACACAUUUGGGGCAGAUUAUGAAGUAUAUACCCAUUUUCAGUGAAACUGUUGUAAGUUAGGAAACAGUUCGAAAUUUUUAUGCGCUGUAGAAUAAAGGAGAGUCACCUCGUGUAUUGACAGUGCACAGUCAUCUGAUUUCACUCAUUCAAAAUGUCAGUUCCUAUUAAACUGUGUCUUACGUCUUAUUUAAUACACAGCUUGUGCGUUCUAAAUGGCAACAAACUGUUACCUUCUAAGAUGUCAUAUGAUGUAGACAAUAGCUGGAUAAACCUCACAUUCUAAAAGUACUACCCACUCUUAAAUUUGCUUCAAAUAUCAAGCAAGAUAAAAUCAAUUCCAUUUCUUCAUGUGACCGUCUUUUGAGCAUCAUGUUUCUGAGUUUCCAUGUAGAUAUCUUUUUGCUCGUUCGAAGAACUGAAUGAGUGAGUGUUGUAAGCUGUCAUAAAAUAUGUAAGCAAUCAAUUUUUCAAGUUCCUAAAAUUUAAUGGAUAAUAUUCAGUCACUGGCUAACUCUGUUGCAGUGAAAAAUAAACUCCUCAAUCACUUUCCCCUGUUACAGCAGAAGUUGCACAGUACACACCAAGAAUACUAUAUAGUUCUCCUAGAUGCAAGUGUUGUCUGCUGCAGCACUAUGUGUAUUCUGUAUGUACAAAUCUCUUCAUAACAUAGCAUAAGUAUUGAGUGUAAUACUUGGCUGUUAAUAUUCAGAAGCCAGGACAUGCUAGAUAUUGGCCAGCAUGUGCAAAUAGGUUUGUAUCAUAUUUUACAGUCAUUUGUUUUGCAGUUGGGAGGACAACAUUUUACAUAACCAUCUGGCCAUACAGAUUUAGGCCUUCCACAGUUUCCGUAGCUCACUCCACUCGUUGUUCAUGCCUUCCCUAUCCUUUUGUAAUAUGAGCUUGUGCUCCAUCUCUAAUGACUGCACUGUUGGCAAUAUGUUAAACUCUUAAUCAUCCUUUCUUCCUUCCUUCCUUCCUUCCAUCCAUCUAUAGCCAUUUUGUGACUGCCACUAGUAUUAGCAACUCUUCAACUGUGGCACAUGGAUAGGCCCAUCACUGGACUGGAGACCUGAAGACAUAUUAAGCAUUGACUAAGUACAUUCAUGUCCUAUAAUUCAGUUUUAUAUUGUUAACAAAUGUAAAAACAGAAAACCAAGUGUCAGCAGAUCUUUAAAGAAGAGAUUUUGAGAGACAUUUCUGUACAUUUUACCCUAAAUUAGUUUUCUUCAAAAAUUUGCAAAUGUUCAUGCUCUAGUAGCAUUUGUUGCCUUUUGAGUAUUUUGUCUUGUAUGUGUAGUUAGCAAAAUUAUUUUUCAGUUUAGUAAUUGCAUGCAAUGUAGUUUCAAUUAACAUAAUAUAGGCCUUGUAAUAUGCCUUCUCUCAAUCAGAAAACGUGCCGCCAAAGAAUGAUGCACCUGUCGAAUAGUUAUUAUUGAACAGAGUGUAAGAGCAUUUUUAUUUUCUCCCCCAACAGACAUAAUAUGAUGUUAAGCUCCACUUUCAUGGGAGUGGUUAUAAAUGGCUGAGAUUCAUUGGGGAAUAGUUCUGGCAAUAGAUUGAGAACAUACUUAAUUUCUGAAAGCUGCAUAACAGAGCUAAUAAUUCAAAUUUAACAACAGAGACUAUGCAGUGAAACCUGCACUGAUUUCUGAUAAUGUUUAUGGUGCUAGGUCUGGCAGCUGAAUAAAAGUCAGUAAAGGUUAAAGUGUGAGUUAUUAUUUUAAACAGUUCUCUUCAUGUGUAAGAGUGCGGUUCACAUUCCAUUGCUAAAUAAAUUUUUUUUCAUAACUUGAUAUUUUUUUCCUCUUAGCAUUUCAGAUAAAACUGUUCUUGCAUUCCAUGAUAUUGCAAUUUCAGUAUGCAUCCUUCUGUUUCACCACCACUCCCAUAUUUUAGGGUAAAAGAAAAAUAGAUAAUUUCAUUCUUUUUACAUCCAGUGUAUUGGUUCAUAAUGUGUAAAUAUCACAUUCCUGUAGUCUUCGGCUAGUAUUUUUUCAGUUUUGGAGAUCAGGCACAUAUGAAAAUUCUGAUUCUGUCUCGUGUUAAAAACAUGAGUGGGAGGGCAUUCGAAUUUUUAUAUCUUUCCUACUGUUGUCAUUGUGAUGUUCCAUAACCCCCCCCCCCCCCCCAGCAACUAAUCAGUUUUCAUUCUAAAUUUGUAAGAAGUAAAAACUUUCUUCUCAAGUUUGACAGAGUUCUACCCAAACAGAAUUAUAGAACACACAUUCAACACUCCCCCACAUAGUUAGAAGGGGGGAGGGGAGGGUGUAGGAGUUACUGAAUGACAAAACAUUAAGCUAAACCAGACAUACCUCACUGUGUAAAAACUAAUUUCUACCGUUGGGCUUUGCAUUACUUGAUUUAUAUUAUAGCCAUAAUGCAUGAAACAAGGCUUAGAUUGUUAGAAAUGCAAUGCAACAUUGUAGUCUUUGAUGAGAAAGUAGAGAAUACAACGUAGAAUGUUUCCUCUGAAUUAUGAUUACGCACACCAGGUAAUGUACUCUUUCAUUGAGAGAAAGGGUUGGGGAAUACAUUUUACUGUAGUAAACAUGGUUAAAAUCAGCUCUCACAAACAGUUAUUAUUAAAUUGUGUGGUCUUCAGAACUUCUGAAUACUGUUACAAAAUUUGUUUGAAGGCAAAGUAUGGCUGGUAUUUGCACAUUAUAACUGAACCUAUAAAAGAAUAUUUUCAUAAAAGAAUCACAAAAAGUUGAAGAUACACUAAAAAAUAAUUUAUUUCUCGAGCACAUUUUCCCUGAGAAAAUUUGCUCAAGACAAAUGCUAUAUUUUCUGAUACUCUGUUUUAGUGUGAAUGUCAUUAAUUCAAAGAGGUGCAUUUUAAUACAUUGGAGGCAGGUAAUUGAUAGUGUAAUUACAUUUAAUUUGAACAUGUAAAUUUAAGAGGAAAGCAUGUUAAGAAUAAGUGUUUGUCUAUCCUAACAACAGUGAACAUGUCAGGUAAUUUAAAAGGUAAAGGCAACUCUUUCUUUUUCCUUUUGUGGCACUAUCAGCAGCAAUUAUUAAAACAUAACUAACCUUAUUUUGAAAUUUACUACUAAUCUUUUUAUGCAUAGAUAUGAUUAUAAUUUACUGCCAGUUUCAUUUGUGUUACUUUCAAAAAAAGUGUAAGUGAAAGAAUGGAACUGGUAAUUAAAACAUACAUACAUUGUAUAGUACUGUUUGAAGUAAUAUUUACUUUGAAAAAAAGGUGGCCCACACUCACAUUCAGUUUUGUUUUCGAGUCACAGAUCUCUUCCAUAGAUUGAGAAAUCAAAAAUAAAAAUAUUGUGCUCACAAUGAACUGUGUGUGUAAAUGUGUAUGUGUGUGUGUGUGACUGACAUGUCCACUUACUGUUAGUAAUCUUCGUAAAUGUUUUUAUAUAAAUAUGCAUGCAUUAUGAACUUUGACUUGCCUAAUGUAUAACAAUUUGCACUUUCUAGAAUGGGAAUGUCUUCAAGAACCCAUCAUACUAUUUUCUUGUUUAUGCAGUUGAAUUUGUACCUGUCAUAGUGAAAAAAUUUAAAAGCACAAGACAUUUUGCUGGUUCAGAAAAAGACUGUAUCUUUUAUUUUAGAAAAUAAGUGCAGGUGUGUCAGUUGUCUGGGUUAAAGCUAGUAAAUGACUGAGAUAGUGUAGUCUGUGGGUAAUUUCACAGUAUAAUUUUUAAAGAUUACCCAUAUUUUCUGUAUAUGUUUCUACCACAAAACUUCAUCCUUGUCAGUGACAUUCCAAAUUUUACAUGAAUGGAAUGAAAUACUAUUGUAUCGCUGACUAGAGGUGAGGGUUUUAAAAGUGGAUUUACCACAAAUUAUUGCAAAAGUAUUGAUUGGGUAGUACGUACAAACUAUUUUCAACAUGAGUUUGUGUACCACAUAGCCAAUAGAGUGAAAUUAACUUCGUUGCUAAAAGACUGAGACAUACUUUAUAAGAUUUUCAGUUUGGGGAACAUUUUUAUAUGGUGGUUGUUAAUUUUAAGAAAUUAUCAGUUUCCAUCAAUGGGAAGUUUUAUACUUUUUAAGUAUGUAAGCCUCUUCAGUCAAGUAAUGUUUAAACACACAGUACUUUUUAAAGCAACUGCUUUUGAACAGUGUUUAUUGUUACUAUCUGUUCAUUCUGAGUUGUGUGUUGAAUUUGAGACCAAUCCAUAUUUAUAAAAUGGAGUGUCGGGGUAAUCAAUUGUUGCUAAAGAGAGGUAACUGACUAUUGUACAUUGGAGUCUUAAAAUAAUACAGUGCUACAUAACAAUUAAUAUUGUAUCACUGUUCUAGUAUGAUGUAAUUUUUAUAUACAUUCAUUAAUUUAUGACUCCAUGUGCAUAAUUAUUGUUUGGUGUGAAAUGAGAUGUUAAGUACAAAUCAGUUUUUAUUUUUGUAGUGUAGUUAAUGCUUUGUAAAUUAUUAAGCAUAUUUAGGAAUUUUUACUGUCUCAUUGAUUCAGAUGUAUUCAGAAUAGAGUUUCUCUAGUCUUCAUAUUCCAGUUAUUCCAUUUUUAACAAAGCAAAAUAAGAACCCAGACAGCUGAUGGCAUGUGUGGAAAAAAAGGGAAACAAAAUUUUUUAAAAAAAUUCUGUGGUUAACAGUGUUUCAUUUUUAUGUCAAAAAUUGUUCAAUGUUCACAUGUAUUGAUGGAAAAUGAGUUUGAAAUAUAAGUAACAUUGAAAUGAA